AUGUCUAACUUGAUCGACUGCAUUGCUCUUAUUGGGCAUGUUCAUAAAGAACUUUCGUUCAAACGAAGAGACCAGAUCCGACCAAGUCUGACAAAUGAAUUCAAACCAGCAUGCUCUCGUAACAAUAAAAUAGAGAAAUCACUUUCUGGUGAUGACCUCUCUAAAGUGUUACAGGACUUAAGAGCAACAAGCAAGGUUGUUAAUAACUUAACACAUAUUUCUACCAGUUGAAAGCCAAGAUCAUCAGCAAAUUAUAAUUCAGCAAGCACAUCACGCCCUCAUUUUUUACCGCAUCAGGGGAGGGGCCAUUACCCUCCCCGGCCCAAUCGAGCAUUAAAUAAUGUUAUUGCUCCUAUAGAAUGCUCCUAUAGAAUUUAUUUCACCAAUAUUCACUGUUCCUAAGAAGGAUGGUGGUAUACGUCUUAUUUUGAACUUAAAAAAGGAAUGCAUUGCUAAUGUAGUACAAACAGUAAAAGUGUUUGACAAUGUUGGGCUUGUACCCCAUCCAGACAAGUCAACAUUCAUACCAGUACAGGAGAUUGUUUUUCUAGGUUUUGUCAUUAACUCAAUCUAUAUGACGAUAAGAUUGACACCUGAGAAAAUAAAACACAUAAAAGAACUGGUCAAACAGACUAUAGAGUCAAUACUCAUAUAAAAAUACGUUCGGUUGCUAAACUUAUUGGCUGUCUUAUUGCCAGCCUCCCUGUGAUAAUGUAUGGGGCACUUUAUUGCAAGUAUUUAGAAAAAGAAAAAAUUGCUGCACUUAAAUCAUGUAAAGGAAAUUUUGAUGCCUUUAUGUCUCUAUCGCAAAAUGCUAAGUAUGAACUUGACUGGUGGUUAAAUCAUAUUGAUACCAGUUUCAAUCCCAUAAGAUGCCCACAUGUGGAUGUUGUUUUAUAUUCAGAUGCAUCAUUGAAAGGCUGGGGUGCUGUUAAGGGGGAAAUAUCAACAGGGGGUAAAUGAACAGCUGUAGAGGCAAAAUGCCAUAUUAAUGUCCUGGAAUUACACGCUGUUUUGUUGGCGUUGAAAUGUUUUAAGGUUUCUAUUACUACCAAACACGUACAAAUCCUGGUUGAUAACACCACUGCAGUAGCUGUCAUUAACCAUAUGGGCAGUGUACACAGUGACAACUGUCAUUUAAUGGCCACAAAAAUUUGGGAAUUUUGUUUUCGUAAUGAUAUAUGGCGCACAGCUGCCCACUAAUGUUGACGCUGACCAUGCAUCUCGAAAUUUUAUCAGUGUUGAUACUGAGUGGAUGCUCAAUUCCACAUGUCUUGUCGAAGCAUUAGAGACUUCCGUCAGCCCCCGAUCAAAUUCAUCCACUUCACAGAAGGAUGGAACUUCUUAUUUGUCUCUUAUCGGGGAGAAACUUAAAGCCCAAGGAUUGUCCCAAAGCUCCAUAAAAAUUAUAUUGGCAUCCUGGAGAGCAGGUACUCAUAGUCAGUAUCAAUCUCAAAUUAUCAAAUGGCAAGAACUUUGUGCGCAAGUAUAAGUGUGAUAUGAUAUCGCCGCCUGUUACAUUUGCAGUGGAUUUUUUGGCGCAGUUAUCUGACUCUGGUAUGUCUUAUAGUUCUGUUAAUACUGCACGAAGUGCCUUGUCUAGUCUUCUACAGUUGCAUGAUGUAAAUAUGUCAUUUGGGCAUUUACCAGUUGUUAAACGUUUCAUGAAAUGGUUGUAUGAGUUGAAACCAUGUUUUCCCCUGAUACCAGACAAUUUGGGAUGUAAGCGUUGUACUUAAUCAUCUUCGCAAGCAGCCACCUAUACUGGAGCUUAGUCUAAAAGAUCUCACUCUACAUUUGACCUUUCUACUAUGUCUAUUGAAUGGUCAACGUUGCCAGACUAUAAACUGCCUGUCUCUUGAACAUAUGCAACUAACUGAUGGAAAAUGUGUGUUCAUUGUUGCGAACAAGAUCAAACAAUCACGAGUAGGAAAACAUAUUAAACCACUUGAAUUUCUUGGAUACCCACAAGACCAAACUGCAUGUGUUUUAACACAUAUUCGAGAAUACAUCAGACGAACAGCUGCCCUUCGGAAAAGUCAGCAGUUAUUAAUAAACUAUGUAAAACCUCAUGGUCCGGUAUCAAAAGACACAAUCUCUCGUUGGUGUAAAACAGUGCUUGGUUCAUCUGGCAUUGACAUAUCAAAACUCAAGGGACAUAGUACCAGAACGGCUUCAUCAUCCCAUCUUGCAGGAUGUAAUAAUAAUAUCCAAGAUAUUUUGUCCUCUGCUGGUUGGUCGAAUGAAAAGACGUUUCAACGUUUCUAUGACAAGCCCACGGAAUCAAGUUUUAAUUUCGGAAAGGCUUUUUGGAUUCAACAUGUUAACUCUAUUUAACGUGCCUAUAAUCUUUAAAGUUCCUUGUUCAUAUUACAUUGUGCAUUUAUUAUGUGACAAAUAUAAUAAAACGUUGUGUUUUUUGCUGGUGCAUUUAAUAUUGCACUUACAGUGGGUAUCACUGUUUCUCAUCGCUACCCACGCUACAAUUACUCAAUGACCUUUUUUGAAAUCUCGUACAACUCCGGAACGACCGAGUUGACGACGAAGUAGAAUUUGAAAUUAAACGAGACUUACCUGUAAGUUGAAGUUUGAUUGGAAUUCUGCGAGUCAUCAACAGGGAGUGAAGGAGUUGUACUCCCGCCCAUUUUUUAUUACAAAUAAUAAACCCACCCAAAUUACAAAAUUGUCAUUGGGUAAUUGGGCUCUUAAGACUGGUUUUGCGCAUGCGCUGCACUCUCUAGUAUAACUCCUUCACUCCCUGUUGAUGACUCGCAGAAUUCCAAUCAAACUUCAACUUACAGGUAAGUCUCGUUUAAUUUCAAAUCUCGGCACACCCCCUGCAGACCGCGCAAACAAAAACAAUAGGAAGGGACUGAAACGAUGUCCAUUCAAUCUCGUACCCAAGGCAUGCCUGUUCGUAGGCGAAAGGGUUCCCUCUGGGUACGAGAAUGACGUCUAUUUGAAACCACAAGCGCAGAAGCCCUGGGUACGAUGUUCAUUUGAUACCUCAAUGAUGGAUGAUAGUUGGUCGCAUUCUCUUCAAAAACAAUGUCGACACCUAACUGCACUAGUGCACUUCAAUUCACAUUUUUUUAUUGUUACCUAUGAAAUAAUCAAAUUAAUGAAAGUACAUAGUAUUCUGUGCGAUUUAGUGUUUGCCUGAAAUGAGAAGAGUUUAAAUUUUUUCUGCGCGUUUGCUUUCGAUCAACGACGCAUGGCUGGAAAGCAGACUUUAGGCCAGAACAAUGCAACAAUAAUAGGCGUACAAAUCGUGUGGGCUGGAGCAGAAUCUCUAUUAUUAGCCGAAGGCGAAGUGAUUACCGGUGAAUAUUUACCGAGACGAAGUCGAGGUGAAUAUUCACCGUAAUCACUGAGCCUGAGGCGAAUAAUUGUUUUAGUAUAAAUUUUUAAUGAAUAAAACAAAAUAUCCGAAUAUCAGUUCAAUUAAAUUUCAGAAAAAGAACUGUUUUCGGCCUUUUUAAGGUGACUGUCACUAAUAGUGUUGCAGUGUUUCUUGUACGCACACGCUUUCAAAAUGGCUUCUUGUGUGACUUUAUUGCUUUAUUACAAAGUUGUUUUUCUCGAUUUCUGCUUACAAUAUAAACACAAUAACGGAAUAACUCUUUCACUAGACUUAGAAUUAAAAAUCGUUUCUGUUUAGCAUUAGUUUUGUCAGGAAAUGGCUGAGAAAUUUGGUAAAUUGAAAUGUAAAACUAUAUGGUUCGAAAUAAAGUUUUAAUAUUAAACACUUUUCACUUUACAAGCUUCGAAAACACAACACAGCGGCGGGACACCAUACAGCACAAUGAAAACAUGAUAUAGCAAAAGAAAUAGUAUCGCACAAAUUAGGAAAUCUAUAGGAUAUAAAAUAAAAUGGAUUUUAAAGAAUAUCACGGCAAGGUUUUUGCCAACAGUACAGCUAGUCGGGAUGGUUUUUGCUAUUUGUUUGAAGUCAAUGUUUUGGAGUUUUAAAUAAGUUUUAAAUUGUCCGUGAAUAUGUUUGACACAGUAAAAUAAUAAAGGAAUCCUAUCUUUCUAAUUAAAUACAGCAUUGUGUGCUUCUUUCGUUUUCUGGGGACGAUUUUUUCAAUAUUUUGUCAAUUUGAAACCAAAUUUGCCGAAUCAUUCUUUUUGAAAAACAUUUACUACUUAGGUGGUAAAUAUUACCUCAGAUUUACUAGUCAACUAGCCGCCAAUCAGAGCGCGCGAAAGCCAUUUAUAUUAACAGACAAAAUGUAUUUUUAUAGACAGAAGUGAUCUCACCCAACAAUAUUUUGCUAAGGCAAGAACAUACAUUAAACACAAUUGUCUUUCUGGCAUUGGAGAAUUUCUCAGGAAAAAAAUCGAGGAAUGGAAAGAUGUGAAAAUAAGAUUUGGCAUAACAGGAGACAGUGGAGCUGGAAAAUCAGCAUUUAUCAACGCAAUAAGAGGGUAACAAGUUUUGAUAUUUCUUUUUUCGAGAUAGCCAGAGGGCAGUACCAUGACAUUGUUUGACGAUAUCAUGGGAAUACGCGCAAGCCAUUUUCGGGAAAGUAUAUUUUUACGAUUAGCUACCUAAAUCAAACUCCGAUUAGAAAGUACACCGUCUCCAAUUAUGGUGUAACACGUUUACUCCAAAUCAUUAAGCCUCGGAUAUGAUCCGAUACCAACAACAGAGAGGUUUAUAUUUUACUUUCUUUAUAGCCCUCUACUAAUAAUACGCAUUUGAUUAGUUAAUGGGGUAGAAUAAAUGCAUCUGAAUGCUUUAUGGCAACGGUAGCUGUAGCGCAAGUCAGAAUCUGAAACUCUCUAAUAUCUGUUCUUAAUUUAAGAAUUAGUAAAAUGAUGUUGAAAACCGAGAAUAAUAUAACUUUUAAAAUUAAACCCGAGAAUGGUUAACAUCUUUUUGCUGAAGCAUCCCACUAGUAAACUUUCUAUACUAUAAUGAACGUUGAUUAUCCAAGUUUCAUACACAGAUUCAACUUGAUUGCACUUGCGAUGGCAUUUUGCAAAUACGUGUAUCCAAUAUGUAGAAAAAGUUUUGCUGCACCAACCUACAUUUGUUUAAUAAUAAUUCAAUUUAUAUAUACUGCUGUUGCGUUUAUUGUUCAUAGCUACGCUUUACAAUUUUGCUGUUAAAACCAACAAAAAUAGAAUACUAUAAUUUGCAGCUUAUUUACAAUCAUAGUUUGAAUUAAUUUAAAAUAAUCACAAGGGAAAAAAUCUAAGAGUUUGAGCAUUGGUAAAUACCAAAAUUGUGACCAUCUACAUUGGAUAUAGUUAAUUCUAGAUAGGUUUUGUGGAUGGAAUUUGUCGAGUGUGAAAUUUCCCACAAUCGAAUUUCUAUCUAGAGAAGUCAAAACCCUUCUACAAGAGUUCGAGUAUGCUGGUUCACAUAAGUAAGUUUUUAGCUGGCCUGUUAAAACGGACACGUUAUAUAUAUAUAUGCCUUCCGCAAUUGGAGAGGUAGCUUGUUCCAGAGGCUACGGCGAUAGAAAAGGCUCUGCCCACAUAUGUUAAUGUUCUUGAUCAUGACUGAGGAGUUCUUCCAUGCAAAGCCAGAGCGAGCGGACAUAUAGCAACAUUUCGUGACAAGGUCUAGAACAGAUAUGUAAUUAUGCACAUAUAUCCUUGCUAUAUAUACAAAAUAUGCAUUAAUUCUUAUUUAUAAAUCGUGCUUUACUUUCUUGGUUAGACUUAAAGAUGACGAUGUUGGUGCAGCAGAAGUAGACAUGGUUGACGCAACGACUGAGCCAACAGAAUAUCCUCAUCCUAACAACUCGAUAAUUAGUUUCGUACAUUUACCCGGCAUCGGUACGCUGAACUAUCCUGAUCUUCCUAUCUACUCCGAGAAAGUUGGCUUCGAAGAUUACGAUACCUUCAUUAUUUUCACUGCAGGUCGUUUUAUACAAAAUGACUUGGAACUGGCAACGAAAGUGAAAUCAAUUGGCAAGUCGUACUUUUUUAUUCGCACAAAGAUCGAUUACGAUGGCAGGCUUAAAGAUGAAAAGCCAAUUAACGAAGCAGACAUUUUGGAAAAGACUAGACAAAAUUACAUUCAACACGUGAAAGAUUUGAUAUCCAGUGAGAAAGAAAUCUUCCUGAUUAGCAACUACCAUAAAGACAAAUGGGACUUCAACCGUCUAAUUGUAGGCAUCAGCGACACCUCGCCCGUUCUUCAAAGAGAGUGUUUAACACUAUAUUUAUCAAAUUUAAUACCAGAACGCUUGAAGAGAAAGACGAAGAGAAAGGCGAAGUUUUUCAAAGGUAAGGACUGUUUUAAAUUUGUAUAUAUGUCCAAUUAUACGCAUCUUGUCUACCUGCGAUCAGGCCUAUAAAUAAAUAAAUAGGCCUGAUACAAAUCUUAACAAAAGUCCAUGCUUUUAUAACCGUAUUUCAGUUGUAAAUCUGAUUGGUUUAUGAGACAAAAGAUUUUCUAAUCUGUCAUUUGAUUGGCUGGUGCUAAUUACAUUAUAUAUAUUCGUUGAUAUAUUUAUAGUGAUCACAACUAUAAUUAAAUUGUUGUUGUCGUUGUUUGAAAUUUAAAUUUCUCCUGCGAUAUUUUGAUUGGAUACUAAAUAUAAACUUUGCUGUGGGUGGAAAGCGAUCGGAUUAAGGAUUGUGUCAGGCUAUUAUUUGUAAAAUAGAGCCUGAUCGCAGGUUACAUCUUGUCCAAAGGACAAAUAUAGAAAAGUCAAAUUGACAUUUCAUUUGUUUAUUGGACGAAUGGUUGUUCAAUACAUGGGGAGAGUUUCUUGAAAGUCCUUAAUAUUCUCUUAUAUUAUACUACUAAUAAUAAAAAAUAGUAUCACAUAAUACCUUCAUUAUUUCUAACUAACAAAUCUAGCUCAAGCGUUUGCUGUGGUAACCGUUUCAGCAGAAACCGGUGCAAUUCCAGUUUCUGGAGUCGGAGGUGCUAUUGAGGUUGCACUUAUUGAAG